AGUCAGACACACAUCAGCCGGUGGAAAUCGGGGAGCUCUCCAGCCUCUUCACUCCUGGCCUGAGCUGCCCCUCCCAACGCUGUUCCUCCACCGCAGGGACGCCCUGGGCUCACCACAGAAGGGGGCUGGGUGAUCUUCCCUAGCUCCUGGCUGGAGAAAGCUGCGAGCCGGCUCCCCGCCCUCCCCGAGACUGCCGGUGCACCACGAGCACAAAGAAUGGAGUCCUCCUGGCUGGAGACGCGCUGGGCGCGGCCCUUGCACCUGGCAUUUGUGUUCUGCCUGGCCCUGGGGCUGCUGCAGGCCAUCAAACUCUACCUGCGGAGACAGCGGCUGUUGCGGGACCUGCGCCCCUUCCCGGCGCCGCCCACCCACUGGUUCCUGGGCCACCAGAAGUUUCUUCAGGAGGAUAGAAUGGAGAAGCUUGAUGAGAUUGUAGAAAAAUACCCUUGUGCCUUCCCUUGCUGGGUUGGGCCCUUCCAGGCAUUUUUCUACAUCUAUGACCCAGACUGUGCAAAGAUAUUUCUGAACAGAACAGACCUGAAGACCCAGUAUCUACACAAGUUCAUGACACCAUGUCUUGGAAAAGGACUUCUGAAUCUAGAUGGGCCCCGGUGGUUCCAACACCGCUGCCUACUAAUGCCUGGAUUCCAUUGUGAUAGCCUGAAAACAUGUGUGGAACCGAUGGCCCAUUCUGUGAAUAUGAUGCUGGAUAAGUGGGAAAAGAUCUGCAGCGCUCAGGAAGCAACCGUGGAGGUGUUUGAACACAUCAACUUGAUGGCCCUGGACAUAAUCAUGAAAUGUGCUUUCGGCCAGGAGACCAACUGCCAGAUAAACGGCACCUAUGAGCCUUAUGUGAAAGCAACAUUUGAACUUGACAAAAUUGUAUCUUCUCGCUUAUAUAAUUUCUGGAAUCAUCAUGACAUAAUUUUCAAAUUCAGUCCUAACGGCCAUCGAUUCCAGGAGUUAGGCAAAGUACUUCAUCAAUAUGCAGAAAAGGUAAUCCAGGAUAGAAAGAAGUUCCUCAAGGCUAGAAUGGAGCAGGAUGACACUCAAAAGUAUCAAAAUCUUCUGGAUAUUAUCCUUUCUGCCCAGGCUGAAAAUGAAGGCAGCUUCUCAGAGGCCGACCUGCAGUCUGAGGUGAACACCAUCAUGUGGGCAGGACAUGAUGCCUCUGCAGCCAGCCUCUCCUGGCUCCUCUACUGCCUAGCUCUGAACCCUGAGCAUCAGGACAGAUGCCGGACAGAGAUCAGGAGCAUCCUGGGGAAUGGAUCUUCCAUCACCUGGGACCAGCUGGGUGAGAUGUCCUACAUCACAAUGUGCAUCAAGGAGAUGCUCCGCUUGAUUCCUCCUGUCCCAUCCAUCUCCAGAGAACUCAACAAGCCCCUUACCCUCCCAGAUGGGCGAUCACUGCCUGCAGGAAUGACUGUGGUUCUCAGCAUCUGGGGCCUCCAUCACAACCCUGCUGUCUGGAAAAACCCAAAGGUCUUUGACCCCCUGAGAUUCACUAAGGAGAAUUCUGAUCAGAGACACCCCUGUGCCUUCCUACCAUUCUCCACUGGCUCAAGGAACUGCAUCGGGCAGCAGUUGGCUAUGCUGGAGUUAAAGGUGGCCAUGGCCUUGAUUCUGCUCCGCUUCCAAGUGGCUCCAGACCUCACCAGGCCUCCUGCUUUCUCCAGCCACACUGUCCUCAAACCCAAGCAUGGAAUCCAUUUGCACCUGAAGAAACUCCCCGAAUGUUAGAUCCAGGGAGACAAUAACUAAAUAUCUUUUGCUUUUAAGUUUAUAAUCAAUGGUCCAGGCAAAUAGAGAGAAAUCUAAAUCUGGUGGGAGGACUGUAGGGAGGUGGGUUGGGGUAUCUCUAAAGCUGCGUAUUAUCCAAAGAUAUUUUCGGGCAACACAAAUGACCCCAGAUCUGUUUCUGUAAGACCUGGAGGUUAUUUUCUAGUUGAUUCUGACUACUAUUAAUGCUAUUACCAAGCAUUUUGCUAGGUGACAUCUAUGUAUUUUCUGGUUUUCAAUAGUUUUCAGAAUUGCACAAAUAAUAGUAAAAUGUAUAACUUGAUAUAACAAUUUCCCAACACUAGAACAACAUGUAGAUAAAACCUCACUUCACUAAGGCCACACCCCACACCCUGACAAAUCUGACCACUUUUCCUAAAAACAGAGAAGCUUGGUGUGGAUUCUUUCUGACUUUUUCCUACAUGUUUCAUGUAUGAUGUAUACGUGUGUAUAUUCUUAUACAUAGGAUCAUAGCUGAAUUGUUCUUGCUGUUUUCAUUUAAUAAAAACCCAUAUCAAUCCUUA